AUGGUACCCCCCGUGGCUGCCGGUCCUAUAAAUGAGACCGAGAUUCUCGCUCGUCAUGGCUACACGAUCGGUGCCGAGAUGGGAGAAGGCACUUACAGUAAGGUAAAACACUGUACGUGGUCGAAACCAGGCGAGAGUCCAGCUGAGAAAAAGAAAAUAGCGAUAAAGAUCAUCAACAAAAAGACGGCGCCCAAGGAUUUUCUGGAAAAGUUUCUCCCCCGUGAGCUUGAAAUACUGCGAAAAGUUCAUCAUCCGAAUGUUGUGCAGACGUUCGAGAUCAUAACGAUCAACCACAAAGUCUUCAUCGCGCUGGAAUGGGCUGGCAAGGGAGAUCUGUUGGCUUUUGUACGUCUUCGCGGGUCGCUAAAGGAAAGCGACUGCCGAAGAAUUUUCACGGAAAUGUGCAAUGGAAUCAAGUAUCUUCACGAGAACGAAAUCGUCCACAGAGAUUUAAAAUGCGAAAACAUUUUGAUUUGUUCGAACAAUACAAUCAAAAUCGCCGAUUUUGGAUUCGCCCGUUCUCUCAAGCCAACUGAUCUUUCGAAGACAUUCUGUGGAUCUGCCGCCUAUGCCGCUCCUGAGCUCCUUCAAGGGACUCCGUACAUUGGGACGAAAGCUGACAUCUGGAGCAUGGGAGUGAUUCUUUACAUCAUGAUUUGCAGCUCUAUGCCUUUCCGAGAUAGCAACAUUAAAACUCUUCUGUCCGACCAGCGAGCACCACUUCACAUUCCAUCUUCGAUAUUGCCGAAUUUGACUAAAGAAUUGAAAGACCUGCUUCUGCACAUCCUGUCGUUCGAUCAUAAUCGGAGAAUAACGAUGGAGCAAAUUUUCAAAUCAAAAUGGAUGAACAAGAAAUAA